GCAUCAGUGUAUUCACAACAGUCAUCGACGAGUAGUGCGCGCUCCGACUGCGCUGAAGCGUUUUCAUUGGGUAGCAGCCCAGUGAACUUGUGCGGAGAGAUAGAGAGACCGAGAGAGAAGGAACCUGCGGGGCCCAUUUAACACCAGUAGAGUGCACUCCGCUCCACACGCGCUGGGUCACUUCUCGAGGAAGCAACGGGCUGGUUUCUCCGAAACAUUUUAAAGGAUCGGUGUCCGUUUGAAGGACAACAGCGAAUCUCCUCUCAUGCCAGUGCGUGUUUAACGUUGGGAGGGAGCACAUCUCCGCUGUUUCGUUUCGUUUUAACAAUUGAACACUGCAGUGUACAGUCCGACGUUUCACUUGGAUUUUAGGAGUGCAAGCGCGGUGUGCGCUCAUUCCCCUAACCAUGGAAUUAUGGAUAAAGUUGAUGGUGUUGUACGGUUUCUGUUUAGGGGCAAGUGCUGAGAAUGACGGCAGGUGGCCUCGGCAGAUGGCCUCGUCCAAUGGGCUGUGUCGCUACGGCGCCCGCAUCGACUGCUGCUGGGGAUGGACCAGGCGCUCCUGGGGCCACUGCCAACCAGGCGUCUUCGCUCUAACCCACAGAGUAGUCGGGAGAAUAAGGUGUCCGCCACAAGCUCUGUGCCAGCACGGGUGUAAGCAUGGAGACUGCGUAGGACCCAGCAAAUGCAAGUGUCACCCUGGCUUCACUGGAAAAACCUGCAAUCAAGAAGAGGAACUGGACUAUGUAACCCCCCUAACAUGGGACAGUCACCCCCCUAUCUUUCUUCCUGUGGACCACCAGCCUCCAGCAGGGGUGUUGAUGGAGGACCUGAACGAGUGCGGUCUGAAGCCCCGGCCGUGCAAACACAGGUGCAUGAACACAUACGGCAGCUACAAGUGCUACUGCCUCAAUGGCUAUAUGCUGAUGCCUGACGGGACCUGUGGAAAUACCCGUACCUGUGGUAUGGCCAACUGCCAGUAUGGCUGUGAGGUGCUGAAGGGAGAGGUGCGCUGUCAGUGCCCGUCGCCAGGGCUUCAGCUGGCGCCGGACGGAAGAACCUGUGUGGACGUGGACGAGUGUGCGACCGGCAUGGCCAUAUGUCCCCGGUUCCGGAAGUGCAUCAACACAUUUGGGAGUUACAUCUGUAAGUGUCACGAGGGCUUCGACCUGCAAUACAUCAACGGGAAGUACCAGUGUGUAGAUGUGGAUGAGUGCUCCUCAGGCCAAAACCAAUGCAGCAGUUUCGCCACCUGCUAUAACACGCCUGGCUCCUACAAGUGCAAGUGCAAAGACGGCUACAGGGGGAUGGGCCAUGACUGCAAACCCAUUCCCAAGGUGGUCAUCGAUCCCCCCAGGUUCCCCCCGAACCACCACAACAUUAUCCCUGACUCGGACCACAAGAGGACCACCACCACGAUCCGACCGCCCAUGACCGCCAAGAGAGUCGCCCCCACCGCCCCCAAAAGAACCACAACCACUCCCAAACCAACGACCACUACUACUACAACUACCACUAGAGCACCUUCUACAACCACACCACCACCUCCCCCACCUCCUCCAAGAACGAUGCCCCCCGCCCCUCGUAAGCCAGUGGUCCCCACGAGACCACCAAUCAUACCCACCAGGAGACCCCCUGUAGUCACCCGUAAGCCCUAUGUGCCCCCACGGCGUCCCGCCAUCACCUCUCCACCGCCCCCCACCCGCAGGACCCCCCCCUACGUGCCCACACGUCGCCCGCCUCCCCCAAAACAGCCUGAACCGGUCACCCCAGUGGACAACACCAUCGAGAAGGAUGUCACCAAACAGAGAGGUGACGUCCACAUUCCACGUAACCAUGAUCACAACACCGUCUUGGGGGUCGACUUUGACAUUGAGCUGGGCAACACGGCCGACGAAGCGAAGGAUGACGCAGAGGCUGGCUACCUGAGCUGCUCCUUUGAUAACGGCCUUUGCGGUUGGAUCCGGGACAAGGAUGGCGACCUGCACUGGGAGACAACACCGGACCCAUCUGGUGGAAAAUACCUCACCAUCCCUGAGGUGAGCGACAAGAAGAGCGGGCGAGGGGCGCGCCUGGUCCUCCCGUUGACUCCUCCCUGGAACGACGGUAACCUGUGUCUGUCGUUCCGCCACAAGCUGGCAGGACACCAUGUGGGUAUGCUCCAGGUGUUUGUGAAGAAAGGGAAGCAGUACAGCCCGGCCGUGUGGGGAAGGACGGGGGGCAGCGGCUGGAGACAUACCCAGAUCACACUGUGGGGCACGGGACUUGAGAGUGUGAUCCUGAAGGGCGAGCGCGGGCGCGGCCGGAGCGGAGAGAUGGCCGUGGAUGACAUCACCUUGAGAAAAGGUUCCUGCACCGAGGAGCACAAUCUGAGAAGACAUUAAUACACACAGCAGAGAGACAGAGAUGGAGAGAGAGAGAAAGAGAGAAGUGGAGAGAAGAUAGAGCCACACAGCAGAGAGACAGAGAUGGAGAGAGAGAGAAAGAAGUGGAGAGAAGAUAGAGCCCAGGGAGGAGCAGACUCUGAGAAGACAUUAAUACACACAGCAGAGAGACAGAGAUGGAGAGGGAAAGAAAGAGAGAAGUGGAGAGAAGAUAGAGCCCAGGGAGGAGCAGACUCUGAUUGGACCCCCAUAGAGGGUCCAAGAGCACCUCUGGGGAGAAGGGGCAUUUCUCUCUGCCUGUCCACCAAUAAGAAGACCGCACCAAACCUGUCCACCAACAAGAGGACUGCACCAAACCUGUCCACCAAUAACUAGACUGCACCAAACCUGUCCACCAAUAACAAGACUGCAUCAAACCUGUCCACCAAUAAGAAGACUGCCCCAAACCACAGGGGAGAAAGAGGGUCCGCCAUGUGAUCCCCCACCACCCCUACCCACUCUCUCCAAUUCUUCAUCACCCAGUCCCUCACUAUUAACCUGUGCAUGCCCCUGGUAACCUUGGAAACGUCCCUGUGAGCACUGCCACCCAGCCAACCACACCGCCCAAAGGCCUUCAUCGAUGUUUCAUCAUCUUGCUUUCCAAUUUUAGUCAGAAGCCACAUCUGAUUGUUUGCUAUCCAUCAUUUAGAUUGUCUGACUGAACCUGCAUCGUGUUCAUUAGGUACCAAACAGGGAAAAACUGACUGAAACAGGGAGGGACUACGAGGGCUUGUCCAAUAAGAAACAAUUAUUUACAUUUUCCAUUGCAGAGCAUUUUAAAACAUUUCCUGUUCUGUGCCCUAAUGAACGCGACCCAGGGACAACAAGAGAAGACACCAACCUGUAAUGAUAAUGGGGAGAAUGAAAAAUCCAAACCCUGCUGAGUUUAUUUAGACAAAUCAAAUUCUGUAAAACUAGUGCUGAGGCACUCGUAUGUUACUAUUGCUACAACCAUAUGCAAGUUCACAUGAUAAGACAUUAUUAUCUUUUUUUUCUCCCACUGUAAGAUUUGUUUUAUUUGAAUGGAUUAUUUCCAAGACUUUCUGAAAUGGGUCUUGGAGAAGUGGCGUAUGAAUUCUGAAUUUUAAGAUUGACCGUGAUUUCUCUCUAUGUGCUUUGUUCUAUUAAGUGCAAGUUGGUUGUACUGGCGAUGACAGUAUCAACGAUUUCUGGCUCUCACCCAGUGUAUUAUUGUAAAUGUAGUCGUGUGUACAUAUUCUAGAACACUUUCAUGCUCAUAUUAAGCUGUGUGGUUUAUACGUUUAUGUAAAUUCAGACUUAAGUAUUAAUUGGAGUUGAAAAAUGUAUGGUUUUCGUUUGUUUCUAUAAUUCAAGAUCAAUAUAUGGAUAAACAUUUGAACCUUGUGGGAAAACAAGGCUGUUUACAGUACAUAAAUUACCAUCUGUUCAUGCUUUAUGUUGAAUUACUAGAUCGCUUCCUCAGUAGUUUUUUAACGUUUCGCAGUGCACAGUUGCAUUAUUGUGUCAUCUGCCAUAAUGAAGGUUCUGAUCUGUUGGAAAUUCAAACUGACCUAUAUGCUUGGAUCAGUUCACCAAAUUCUCAUAAUAUACUCAGCCAAUUAUGUAAAUAAAGGGACAUUGACUGAUA